AUGCGACCAUUCCUUGAAGAGGACAAUCCGCUUCAACCACUCCUUUCCAUCUCAGACGAUGAAGAGCCCACCAUCACCAGAUGGAAAAGACAAGCACGAAGCUUUCUUAACUCCCGAUGGGGCCACUAUCUGAUCCUUUCAUUAGUGACGAUAGAUGUCUGCUGUAGCUUUGCGGAAUUUCUCAUUCAACUACACGUGUGCGAAUGGCAGCAGACCGGCGGCAAGAAAGGCCGAGAAUGGAGCAUCGUCGAGGAAGGAUUGAGUAUUACAGGCUUGAUCAUUUCGUGCUUGUUCCUGGUGGAACUGAGUAUAUCGGUCCUGAGCUUUGGAAUGGAAUACUUUUCAAAUUGGUUUCACGUCUUCGACUCUCUUGUCAUUCUCGUGGCCUUUUUCAUCCAGGUCUUGCUCCGAGGUAUGGAGGAGGAGGUCGGAUCCCUGGUUAUUGCGCUGCGUCUCUGGCGGGUGUUCCAAAUCAUCGAGGAACUGGAGACUGCAAAUCGAGAUUCGCUGGAGCAGUAUGAGGCAGAGAUCGAGAAACUUCGGCGGGAGAACGAAGGUCUUCGUCGGAGACAGGGUUCGAGGUCAGAUGAGAAUGGAACGGCUUAG